UUCCACUUUCCCCCCCUUUCUUUGUGUUUCUUUUUGCACCUUGCGGUGAUAUUGUUCUCUUCUUUUCCCUACCUAGCUUUGCAUCUGCCUUCAUCCACACUCUCAUCGUCCUUCACUACAUGAUGAAUCCCUUCAACUUUGCUCUCGCCUUGGGUGUCUCUUCUGACGUUUCAUGUUUACCAGGGAAGUGUAACAGAUCCAUCUCAAAGGAUUUUUUUUGUUUCCUCCGAAAUGGGAAAGCCCCCUUUCUGUUAUUGAAAUAUUGUUGGCUUCAUCUGCUUCACUCCCCUCGUUAUGCUGAAAAUAUUAUUGAUUUGAGCAUAUUUCAUUUGUAGAAAACCAGCAUUAGCAGUAGUUUCAUCCACGGACUUCAUUCUUUCUUUUUUUUCAGUUUCUGAUACUUUAACGGUUCUUGCAUCAUCAUGAUCUGUUUUAUGCUAGGAAAAAUAAGGAUGAUCAUCAUCAUCAUCAUGAUAAUUUGUUUUCUUUUUCCUUUUUAAAACAAAAGACCACUUAUUAGAUAACAUUAUCUAUUCUGAAGCUAGUUUUUGUGAAUUACAAGAGUGGUUCAUUUACAUCACAGAAGAAUAUUUAUAUAUUCUUGGUCUUGCAAUGCUGAGUUGAUCCGGUUGUCACUUCUCUCUCUCUCUCUCUCUCUCUCUCUCUCUCUAGAUCUCACAAAUGUUAAUGUCUUUAAUUUAAUUUUAUGAAAUACAUUAAGUUCUAAUUGACUUUAUGCAGUGGCGACAUGUAGCAUUCUCAUUACUACAUAUAUGACUGAUAAUGAGAGGUAUCAAACUUUGUUAUAUUUUGACUUUUCUAUCCACUCUCUCUCUCUCUAUUGGUGACUCUAUACCUAUGAUUCCUUUCCUUAAUUAUUAUUUUAUGGCAUUAAAUUUUCAGCCUCACAGCAGUAAAUAACAUUCAUAUUUCUUUAUUCUCCAUCAUGUCUUUAUGACCUUCUUUCUUGCAAUGUAUAGUUUUCUUCUUCUUUCUUUCGGGAUGGUCUAAUUUCCAUUAUAAUCUGUAAGGCUUUCCAACAUAUCUAUUCAUCACCUUGCGUUUUUUCUGUUUCUGUUUUCAUAUAACUACAUAAUCAUGGUUUCAACGUUGGCUAGUACAAUAUUUACUUGAAUGGAUAUGCGUUAAUUUGUCAUUUCAUGUGCUAUUUCUUCAUCUUCACUGCAAUGAUCUGUUUAGGCUUUAGUCAUAUGUACCCACGCCUGUGCUUUUAAUCCUGCAAGCUGUUUGUUUACAGAUUGAAGAGACUUUCAGUUUAACCUUUUGGUUUUGCUUUUUUGUGUGAAAUGAACUAGGAAUUUAACCGACCCUCUCUUUGAUUUAUUCGGGCGCAAAGCUUAUAACUCAACAUGUCUGCUCCACAUCUUGACAAUGUCUCUACGAUUCCUGAGGCCGCUGAUGAUUUAUGGCCACUUGUACAAGAAAAUAACAGCAGCCUGGUGCUGGAACCGAGCAUGUUUCACUACCAAGAGGGCAGAAAUAUUGAAAAAGAAUUGCUGGAAAACGAAAAUGUUCAUCAGAAAGAUGACCAAGAUUAUAGUUUAUCAACUUCUGUUCAUGUCGUACUCGAUCAAUGGUCGUUUGCCCGAGUAAGCAGCAGCUCAUCACUGCCUAUCAUGGUUGCCGAUGAGUUGGAUUCGCUAUUGUUUCUUCAGCAAGAAAAUUCUCCACUACCCGACCAUAACAUUGAUAAGGUAUUACAGAAGGAAUUACAGUAUGGUCCCAGCAGCGAAAAGGGCUUGUUAUCUCCUGUCUAUGCUUCAGAUUAUGCCUGUUCACUUCUACCCUUUAACAGCACAUCACUAUCUAUUGAAGAUAAUGUAAGAACCGAUGAGCUUGAUUCAAGCAGAUUUGUUUUAGAACCAUUGGAGCCAAAUAUUGAGGAGGGAUAUAAUCCCAUUGAUAAUAGCUUGUCUGCAAGACUUGAGGAUUCAGAUGAACUAGUUCUGCUUCUACAAGAAUGCAGCACUCCACUUCCUAGUAUGGACGAAAAAACAAGGGUUGAUAAGACAGAUUUAAGCUUGGUCCCCGAACAGGAAUGUUCAGCAGUAGCUGAACCUAGCAGUGGCGAAGUAUUGGUGGCCAAACGAUUCAGCGCCAAGAAUAGAAGGAGAAACAAUUAUAGGCUCAAGGUCUUGCAAACUGGCAACAAGGAGGUUCAAGCUGAUGAAGGAGAAGGAUCAACUGUGAAGAAACAAGAACAUAACGCGAAGGAGAGGAUACGGAGGAUGAAGGUGCAUGCGUCCUACUUGGCACUUGGAGCAUUGAUUCCUGAUUCUAGUAGGUCAAAGAAAAGGAAGAGUGCGCCGCUUAUAAUUGACAGAGCUGUUGAAUACAUUCCAGAGCUCGAGGAAGAAAUAGAGAAGCUAACUCUCAGGAAGAAUGAUAUGUUAUCAACAAUUAAACAUAAGCAACCUCUCAACCAAAACCCACACUUAAAACCUGAUCAAGAUCCAUCAGUUUCAGUGCAUGAAAUCAGACAAGGUGAAAUUAUCACACAAAUAUACUCGCAGAUACAUCCAGAUGAUGCUUUCUCAAACCUACUACAGAAGGUAGAAGAAGAAGGCAUGUGCAUUAUGAGUGCCUCAACGCUUCAAGUCUCUGAUGAUGGAGUUUGCUACCAUUUACACAUACAGCUGAAGGCGAGUUCAGGUGGAGCAAGCCAUCUUGCAAGUUUAAGAGAAAAGGUAAUUUCAUGGUUGCGCUAAUUCCUUGAGUUUCCAUCAUGAAGAAAUCCUUCACAAGGGCUGUCCUUAGCAUCAUUUUUUCCACUAAUAGAUAGAAGGUUAAAGCUAUAAUAUACCUUUUUUGUGAUAGCAAUACUAUAUAUCAAGUUUGUGCCUCCCAAUAAUUGAUUAACAAGCGUUGGUGUCAAUGCUCAAACACCAUUUUAGCUUAAUUAAUGCAUAGAAAUGGAAAAUAUUCCCAAUAUACUUUGUUUUAUCAUAUUCAUAUAUGUAUGAUC